UCCGCCUUGCUCAUCAUGCCUGGGCGGGCACUUUACUGGGGUGGACCCAUGGGCGGGACAACUCGUAGAACUACAUUAAAGAACGGACGCUUCCGGCGAAGGGGCACUGUGGCGGGGCUUGUUGGGAUCAUGGCGGAGAAUCACUGCGAGCUGCUGUCGCCCGCUCCGAGCGGCCUCGGGGCGGGGCUGGGGGGCGGCCUGUGCCGCCGCUGUAGCGCUGGGCUCGGCGCCCUGGCACACCGCUCCAGUGGCGUGUCCAAGUGGGUCCGGCUCAACGUCGGUGGCACCUACUUCCUCACCACCCGGCAGACGCUGUGCCGGGACCCGAAGUCUUUCCUGUACCGCUUGUGCCAGGCGGACCCCGACCUAGACUCAGACAAGGAUGAAACAGGUGCCUAUUUAAUCGACAGAGAUCCCACCUACUUUGGACCUGUACUGAACUACUUGAGACAUGGAAAGCUAGUUAUUAACAAAGACCUCGCAGAGGAAGGAGUGUUGGAAGAAGCAGAAUUUUACAAUAUCACCUCACUAAUAAAACUUGUAAAGGAUAAAAUCAGAGAACGAGACAGCAAAACAUCACAGAUGCCAGUGAAGCAUGUGUACCGUGUCCUGCAGUGCCAGGAGGAAGAGCUUACACAGAUGGUAUCCACCAUGUCAGACGGCUGGAAGUUUGAGCAGCUGGUCAGCAUUGGCUCCUCCUACAACUAUGGAAAUGAAGACCAGGCUGAGUUCCUCUGUGUGGUUUCCAAGGAGCUGCACAACACCCCGUAUGGCACACCUAGUGAGCCGAGUGAGAAAGCCAAGAUUUUGCAAGAACGGGGCUCAAGGAUGUGAGGAAUACUGACAGCUGAAGAAAUGAUUUUCUUUUCCCCAAGAUAAAGUGAACCGCCAUGUGCAGAAAGCAUGGCUGUGAGAAGAAACCUGCUUUUGAUCAUUUCUCUAGAGAUCUGGGUGUGGAUCCUUUUUUGCCUCAGAUGUGGGUGGCGAGAGACAGCCCAGCUGUCAAGCCAGUCGUCUCCACAGGGAGGCAGCUAGGGCUGGGCUGUCAGUUUCUGUGGUCUCACUCUUCUUUCCGAGUGCUCCGUGGGACUGAGGCAGGAUGCUGCUGACCAGCCACGCAUUCCUGAAGAUGAUUUGAAGGACAAGGUCCUUGGUGCUACACACAGUCUGCAACAAGCAGCCUGGGCCUUGCCAGGAGGGAGGGGCAGCUGCCGCAACUCCUGUCCAAUGCACUGCGGCUUAGGGCAUGGGUACCUGCUCAUCACUGGUUGAGUACCAGGCCCUCAUCCUUGGGUCAGGGAGGCCACUAGGCCUCCAGGCAUGAUUGGUUGAUUUCUCUUGACCUCUGCUGAGGCUCCUGACAAAGGCAGCCUCCACAUUAUCACUACUUCUGGGCACCUCCCCUGGACUACACCCCUUCAGAGCCAGGCUCUUAAAAUGUCCUGUCAACUUGGCCCAGGAUCAUCAAGGCUUCUCAAUUUGUAUUUCCAGGCAAGAGGACUUUGUAUCCCUUUUUAAAAGUGUGGAUAGACCACCCGGUGUUUAUACUCUUUAGAAAUGCCUAAAAGUGUUGCUACAUUUUGGAUUGAUCUGUUAAAUCAUUUAAGGGAGGUAGAUGUUUUGCCUCAUAUGCCCCACCUGUGGGCUCAUGGGGGAGCUGGCGCCUACCAGUGCCUUUGUUGUGCCUGGGAUGGAGGCUAGGGCAGGAGGCCUGUCCACCUGGUUUCUGGAGCUGACACUCCAGGUCAUGUUGAACAUUCAGGAUGUUUACAGCGCAAACAUGUCUCCUUCUCACUGGCUCUCAUUUUCUUGUAUAACUAUGCAGUUCUUCUCUUGCAUUUCUGGAGUGUUUGAGACUGCACAACCUGCAUGGGCUCUGUUCACCUGACAUGACAUUGGAGCUGCUAAGGUUCCUGCAGAGGCUACGCCUGCUGGCUUUGGAACAGACCUUUCUCAGCUGGUUAGGGGAUGUAGCAGGCCACAUACUUGGCCCAAGCAAGCAAGCUCUGUGCUUCUUGACCCCUGGCUUCCCAAGGGAGCUGUGCAAACUGACUGCCAAGGCUGCCUGUGUGCAGGUCAGAGCCUCUAACACUGUUUCAAAUGCUUCCAGAAACUUCUUGCCUAGGCCCUUUUCCUUCUCCUCUGCCAAUAACUGAUAAAUCAAGUUCUCCAGCAUCUAGGACUGACCUCGUCUUUUCCUAAGGUCUGUUGUUUGUUGUUAAAUGUUUGGUUUAAAUGAUUCAUAAAAACCUUUCUAUUGGGUUGAUUGGGCCUCAGCAGCCCUUGGGUCAGUGGCUCUGCUGUUGGCCAUGGGAAAUACUCUGGGGAGUGGCUGGACACUUAGCAUUGUUUGAUUUGCGACCUUGACAGUAGAUAGGCUUGUGGGUUUUUUUUUUUUUUUUUUUUUUUUUGUUUUGUUUUGUUUUGUUUUUGUUUUUUAAUUUAAUGAUAUUAAAAACUUAAUUCACUAAAAUUCUAAGGGGAUAUUUAUACUUUUAUACUUUUUUAGGUAUCCGUAUUUUAUCAGCUUACUGUUUAAUGCCUAAGUUUCCCCUGAAAAUAGUAAAUAAAAUUGUGUAUUUAUGAA